AUGGGAGCUGAACAAAUAAAGUUAGUGAAGUACACAACAACAACAAAAGCAAAACAAAAAAACAUGUUUCCCAUUAAAACGGUCGUCGUUUUGGUUCAAGAGAACCGUUCCUUCGACCACAUGCUAGGUUGGAUGAAAUCCCUCAACCCAGAAAUCGAUGGGGUCACCGGCUCCGAGUCAAACCCGGUUUGCACAUCCGAACCCAACUCGAACCGGGUUCACUUCGGUGACCGGUCUGGCUACGUCGAUCCGGACCCGGGCCACAUGAUCGACGAUGUUUAUGAGCAAGUUUUCGGAGAACCAUGGAGUGAGGCAUCGGCGGCGAAGAAGCUGCCGCCGACGAUGGAGGGUUUUGCUCAGAACGCCGCGAAGCAAGAGAAGACGGGGGCUACGGCGGAGACGGUCAUGAAUGGGUUCGAACCGGAUUUGGUACCGGUUUACCGAGAGUUGGUUAAAGAGUUUGCGGUUUGUGAUCGCUGGUUCGCUUCGGUUCCCGGUCCGACCCAACCGAACCGGCUUUUCGUGCAUUCAGCGACGUCGUAUGGGAUGACCGCACAGGACGCAGAGAAACUUAUUGGGGGUUUGCCUCAGAAAACUAUAUUCGAUUCUUUGGAUGAAAAUGGGUUCAGUUUUGGAAUAUAUUAUCAAUACCCACCUUCCACUCUUUUUUACAGGAGUCUUAGGAAACUGAAACACAUAGACAACUUUCAUCUAUUUGAUUUAAAGUUCAAGAAGCAUUGUGAAGAAGGGAAACUGCCAAAUUAUGUGGUUGUUGAACAAAGAUAUUUUGACUUGUUAUCACUACCGGGCAAUGAUGAUCAUCCAUCUCAUGAUGUUGCAGAAGGACAAAAAUUUGUAAAGGAAGUGUAUGAAGCACUAAGAGCUAGUCCACAGUGGAAUGAAAUUUUGUUUGUGAUUACAUAUGACGAGCAUGGUGGCUUUUAUGAUCACGUGCCAACCCCUGUGGAUGGAGUGCCUAGUCCAGAUGACAAUGUAGGUCCUGAACCAUUCAAGUUUCAGUUUGACAGGCUUGGUGUUAGGGUUCCAGCUAUCAUUAUUUCUCCGUGGAUUGAGCCAGGCACAGUGUUGCACGAACCUUGUGAGCCAUUCCCAACAUCACAGUAUGAACAUUCAUCCAUACCAGCAACUGUUAAGAAGAUAUUCAAUCUACCUGAGUUUUUGACAAAGCGUGAUGCAUGGGCUGGAACACUAGAGGUUCUUUUAACUCGAACCAGCCCACGAAAUGAUUGUCCAGUGAAAUUGCCAGACCCGGUUAAACUUCGAGAGGCUCUCGCUGAAGAACAAGUGAAAUUGAGUCAAUUUCAAGAAGAAUUGGUACAAAUGGCAGCAACUCUAAAUGGGGAUCAUACUAAGAGUACAUACCCCAACAAGUUAACUGAGAAAAUGAGUGUUUCGGAGGCAGUUCAAUAUUGUGAAGAUGCAUUCCGGACAUUUUUGAACGAGUGCGAGAAAGCAAGACAAAGAGGAGUUGACGAAUCUGAAGUUAUACAUUGUGCUAGACCACAUAGGGCACCACAAUCCAAAAAUUUCUUGCACAAGAUGUUAUGCAUAUUUUGUGAUCGUAAUUAA